AAUGUCCCCGGCACUUUCCCAAAGUGUAAUCGGAAAAAGAUCGACACUUCGUUCUUCUGUGCUUGAAGCAGAGGUUGAACAAUGGAGUAUUGUUAUUCCAACAGUGAGCAAGACCUCAAAACCUAUUUAGGUUAUCAGAACAAGAUGACUCACAACAUCCUGAAGGGUUUACAUCGUGUUGAACUUGGUGGAUACAACUACUGGCCACUCUUUUCACAAAUUGGAAUUCGCCUUUACAGCUAUGAAGAAAUUCCGACCUUUUUAAAGGGCAAUCCUUACAUCACUGAUGGAUAUCGGGCCUACUUACCAUCAAGUUUAUGCAUCAGAAGCCUCUUUGUAUUGUCCAAUGAGAGUGUGAACAUUUGGAGCCAUUUGCUGGGGUUUUUCCUGUUCUUUGUCAUUGUCCUACACGAUACUUGCUUCCUGCUCCCGUCAUCGAACAGCACGAGGGAUGACUACGUGGUUUUCAUUAUUUUCGGCUUUUGUUUUCAGUUCUGCAUGUUGUGCUCAGCGGGAUACCAUCUAUUCUGCUGCCACCACUCAGAGAAGACCAGUCAGCAGUGGCUUGCUCUUGAUUAUGCUGGCGUCUCCGUAGGAAUGCUGGGAUGUUAUGUCCCAGGGGUCUUUUAUGCCUUCUAUUGUGCUGAGUAUUGGAGACAAGUGUACCUUAUAACCGUGCUGGCCAUGAUUUUUGUAAUGUUCCUCACGCAAAUCCAUCCGCAUUAUGCCUCUCAGCAUUGUCACAAGCUGCGCAUUUUGCUGUUCUGCUUUAUUGCGGCCUAUGGAUUAAUUCCCACCGUUCACUGGAUAUUUCAGAAUGGAGGAAUUGGGGAGCCAGUUGUUAAGGUGUUUGCACCGAGAGUAGGUGUGAUGUAUCUACUAGCAAGUUUGGCAUUUUUGUUUUAUUACAGUAAGGUACCCGAGAGGUACUUUCCUGGUGGAUACUUGAAUUACAUUGGCUGUAGUCACCAGUGGUGGCAUUUCUUGGUUGUUUUAAUGUUCUAUUGGUGGCAUCAGACUGCUGUUCAUAUAAUGCAUUAUCGACAUGAACAGCCAUGUCUAAAAAUAACAGAAUAAGUUCUUAAGUUACAAGUUUUCCAGCAUUUCCUCAAGAGGACUGCUUUGCAAUUAAGAACAAAAAAAACCUACUAAUUAAUUCUUCAGUUCUACAAGUCUUCUAAUCAACUGCAUGAUGGCCUUCUAAUUUACUUUUAAAAAAAAAAGUGAAUGUGUCUCGAUUACGUGCUGGAAGUUUGAAGAUUGUCCUGUGGUACAUCAUGGUACUGUGGCACCUCGUCAGUAGUUGCUCAGACUUAGCAUGAAGCUGCCUUUCUAAGCAGCUAAACCAAUGGCUGCCUGUUUUUCUAACACUUGGAUUGUGCCAGUAACUACUCAGAUUCAUGGUGCAGUAAAGGCAGCUACAACUAAAUGCCUUUUAACUGGAAGCGAAUGCAUGUAUUUGUAAAAUACAAACUGUAUUGAAUUGUUUUGAGGUGCAUUAUAAUGCCUGCCUUGUUCAUUGUUCUACGUUUUGUAGCAAUGAUUUAAUAUGUACUGUAACAUGUAUGCUGCAAAUUUAUUAUAACUAGAGGACAGAAAAGCAAUUGUACUGCAUGCAAAGUAGCAAACUAAAUGUUUACAUGUCUAACCUGUGCUGCUCCUUAACAGUAAUAUUUUUUCCUGAUAUUUAAUGUGAUAAGAAGUUCAAUAAUCACUAAAUUUGGCUUUAUGUUGUGAAGUAACCAAUUCACUUGAAAGUGCACUGACCAUUUUAAAAAGGUUUUUCAUAAUUGGUCUAGUAAAAUUAAUUCAUUUGUAGAAAAUUUAUGUGGGAGUUAAAUUUUCAGAGGAAGGAGCGGAAAGUUGCUCAACUUUUUAUUUUUCUAAAAGGGGAAAUUACAUGUUAAUCUUUGGUUAUUAUAUCCCUGCUAUGUAAUGUUUUAUUCUACAAUUUUGUUUUGGCCCACGUGUGUUGAUAAGUAUUAGAAACUAAUUUCAGGAAAUGCUGAAUAUGCAAGUGGUUUUAUAUUCCCAUUCACUUGAAGAGCAAAUGGAAAAGGAGCUGAAAUUCUAUUAUGGUUACAGUAAUACUUAGGGCAUAAAUGGCUGUUUGGAUGCAUGCUUUAAUUUCUUGGAAAAUCUUUGGCUUUCAUUGGAAAGGCUAAUGUAAAAUAGGAAUGUCGUUUAUACACUUUGCUAACCCACAGUGCAUUAGUCUUGUACUAAGCCUGAAUUUUCUUCAGGAUUCAGUACCAUAGCCAGCAGAGAUCCUAAAGAGUGUCCCAACUUAAGUCUUAUAAUUGGAAGUGCGAGUUUCCAAUAUAUAGUUUACUUUAACCACACUAUGUAAAUUGGCAAAAUUAAAUCUUGUAUACUCCAGGCAAGAUUAACCUUUUAUUUGAAGAAAAAUUUGCAACCUUUGUUCUAAUACAGUGUAACCAUAGCCAUGUUUUAGUAAUACACAAGGAUACACUCUUAGCUGUGAUGUAUGCAAUCUGCUAAAUGGAUUUGAUAUAAAAUGGACAAAUAUCUAGAGAUCAUGGAUUACAAAAUAGCUGAUUCUAUGAUAGUGAAGCUGAGAAACUCCGUGCAAGAAUCAACAAUUUUCCAGAAAUAAGACCAGACUCUAACAGAUACUCUCUGACCUGCAGUAAAAUUUGAAGUUUAGGUAUCUUCGGUUGUGUUACAACAGUCACAAAACUCUGCAUGUCCAUUUUAUCACUGCAGCCAUGAAGCUAAAAUCAUUGUUUUGAAUUGUAUGGAAUGGCUAAAUUACAGAAUUUUGCUACUCGUCUUCCCUUUGAGCUGGUAGGUAGGUAGGUUGGUGGUGCCCAUUCUUACAAAUAGUAUGUCACCUUCACCCCCAUGCUAUCCCAGUUUCAUAGCACUUGUUCUACCCCUGUUCCAACAGCUCUGUCGUUACAGAAUAUCCCUCGGAUGUGAAAAAAUGCUUUUCGUACAGAUGAUUUGAGAUUGAUGACAACACAAAAUCCUAUUCUAUUAUUGUUCACGUGGUUGGUGUUUUGUUGCAAAGCUCCUUGUGCCAAAUUUGUCCAACUCUUGCAGUUGGUCUACUUUGAAAUAUUGUGCUCAUUCCC